AGUGUAUCCCCUUCUUAUGUUUUUUGUAUUUCUAAUGAAUGGUACUCAUUUCCGUAUACAAAUCAAAAAUAAUGAUUCAUCGUUUCUCCCCAAUACAUAAAGCCUUAAAUUCUCUCUCUUUAGAUAGAAAUUAGAAGGGAAAGAAAUCCCAGGAUUUGAAUUUUUGUAAGAAUCGUGCAAUAGUUUGGAUUAAUGGGAUUAUAAGCAAGGUUUUAUUAGUGUUCGACCAAUGAAUUGGAGCAGGUGUUUGAGAGGGAAAGAGGAUGAGCAUUAAGCUUCAUUCCCCUUUUAUUGGGACACCCAUUUGUAGCUCUUUAGAUGGAAGAAAGGAUAGUAGUCUUGUCUAUUUGGGACGAAGACGGCUGCCGGAAAAUAGAAGAAGCUCAUUAAGAUGUAGAUGUUGGAGAAAGAAUCAUUGGCAACCAAAUGGGGUUUGGUUUCCUCAAAUUUAUGGGAAAAUUGUCAAGUUUUUGAAUGAGGAUGUUGAAUCUAGAAAUGGGUUGAGGGUAAAUUAUGUGAAAGAGCGUUUUUCUAGAGGCAAAGAGUUGGUGAAAUCUCUUUCCCCAUUGUGGCAAGAAGGGCUACUUCUCUUUAGGUGCUCGAUUUUUGCAGCUGUCAUAUCUGGUGUGUGCUUGUUGCUGUGGUAUAGCCGUGCUAAGGCAAAGGAGUAUGUUGAAUUGAAGUUGCUGCCUUCUGUUUGUUCAGCACUGAGUGAAUACAUCCAACGUGAAGUUGAUUUUGGCAAGGUUCGAAGAAUCUCACCUUUGAGCAUUACGUUGGAGUCGUCUUCUGUUGGGCCUCACUCAGAAGAAUUCUCAUGUGGUGAGGCCCCCACAAUAAAGCUCCGGAUUCAUCCUUUUGCUAGCUUGAGGAGAGGAAAGGUUGUGAUUGAUGCAGUUUUGUCUCACCCUACAUUGUUGGUUGUACAAAAGAAGGAUUUUACCUGGUUAGGAAUACCCUAUACUGAAGGUACCUUGCAGAAGCAUGCCUCAACAGAAGAAGGAAUUGACAAUCGUACCAAGAUUAGGAGAGCUGCACGAGAAGAAGCAGGUGCUUGCUGGAUGAGAGAACGAGAUAAUGGUGCUAGGCAAGCUGCAGAGGCAGGAUACAUUGUGCCUAACCAUGGCUCUGAUUCUACUGAAGCUUAUGCUGAGGCAAGUAAAAACAGCUCAACAGAAUCGAUGAGUGAACAGUCAAACUUCUGUGGGGAUGAAGGGAUGCAUUGGAGGGAUCAUCAUUCCAAGGAUACAGGUGUUCCAUAUGAUGUUAAGCAUGAUGAUUUGGAGAAGUCGUUUGGUGUAAGUCCUCCUAGUUCAAGGCUCAAGUCCCUUUCUCGAAUACUUGGUCCAGCAAUACCGAAUUUUAAAAGGAAAGCCAAUGGGAAAGACCUCUCUCUUUCUGGGGAUACUGCUACAAGAAGGAUUCUUGAGCGAAGUGCUGCUGCAGCUGUCUUGUACUUCCAAAGUCUUGGACAUGGAGAACUUAUUCAGUCUCUAAGUUCAAGUGAGGGAUACACUUCUCCGGAAAAUUUACAUGAUAUCAGUAAGCCAUCCACUUAUCGUAGUGAGGUUGAUGAUGCCAAAAGUGAGGAAGAUGCAUAUUAUCGGAUGCCUGAAGUGUCAAGUCACAGCACUCAAAGCUCAUUUUUACAAGAUCAUGCUGAUGGUUCACAUUUAUCCUCAAGGUUGGACCACGAGAUUGUGAAUGAGGCUCUGUCCAAUUCUUCUCAUUCAUCUAGUCCUCUAGUGGAUGAUGCUGAUAUGACCAGGGGCAUAUUGCCACGCAUCGGUAAUGUUGAUGUCGCUGGAAAAGAGGACGCUACUGAUAUAUGUAGCAGAGAUCCAGAAGGCAUUGAUGUUAUAAGCAGAGAGGAAAGUCUGUCAAAUGGAUCAGACAGAACGGAAGACCAAAGUUUUGAGUCUGUCAGAGGCACACCUUCUGAUCAAGGCAAUCUUACAUCAUUUGAUCAAGCUACUGUGAAUCAAGAGCAUUCAACUGUGGGUAAUGAUGCACAAUCUUCAUGGCCUCUGAGUACAAAAUCAAGCUCAUAUAUAUCUUCAGGAAGCAUUGGAGAAAAAUUCUCUUAUCUUGUGUCUGGUCCAUUCCAAAAGUUAAAAAAUGGCAUGGGUCAUAAUUUUGAGGAUGUUGUCACAGAAAUAGUUGAAGAAGUGGAUAAUAUUGGGGCGGAAAGGAUUGAUCAAACACUACCAGUUACUCUUGAUUCUGUUCAUUUCAAAGGAGGAACUCUGAUGUUGCUUGGAUAUGGAGAUGCUGAACCAAGAGAGAUGGAGAAUGUUGAUGGACAUAUAAAGUUUCAAAAUCACUAUAGCCGAGUACAUGUGCAACUUACUGGAAAUUGUAAGAUGUGGCGAUCAGAGAGUGCAAUUGAUGAUGGUGGCUGGUUAUCUACAGAUGUUUUUGUUGAUAUUAUCGAGCAAAAGUGGCAUGCCAAUCUGAAAGUUACUAACCUUUUUGUUCCGCUUUUUGAAAGGAUCUUAGAAAUUCCAAUUGCAUGGUCUAAAGGAAGAGCAAGUGGUGAGGUCCACAUUUGCAUGUCCAGUGGGGAAAGUUUUCCCAACUUACAUGGUCAGCUGGAUGUCACCGAUUUGUCCUUCCAGAUAUUGGAUGCACCCUCAUGGUUUUCAGACAUGUCAGCAAGUUUAUGCUUUCGUGGUCAACGGAUCUUUUUGCACAAUGCAAAUGGUUGGUUUGGAAGUGUUCCUUUAGAAGCGUCUGGAGAUUUUGGCAUUCAUCCUGACGAAGGAGAGUUCCAUCUAAUGUGCCAGGUUCCUUGUGUUGAAGUAAAUGCUCUUAUGAAAACUUUCCAGAUGAAGCCUUUGUUAUUCCCAGUGGCUGGAUUUGUGACUGCUAUCUUCAACUGUCAAGGCCCACUGGACGCUCCUAUUUUUGUGGGCAGUGGAAUGGUUGCAAGAAAGAUGGGUCCUUCAGCUUUUGAUAUUCCUGCAUCAUCUGCAUCUGAAGCAGUAGUAAAAAGCAAAGAUGCUGGUGCUGUGGCAGCAAUUGAUCGUAUUCCAUGCUCUUAUUUGUCAGCUAAUUUCACAUUUAACACUGAUAAUUGUAUUGCAGAUUUAUAUGGAAUCCGAGCUAGCCUUGUGGAUGGUGGUGAAAUCCGAGGGGCAGGGAAUGCUUGGAUUUGCCCAGAGGCCGAGGUAGAUGAGACAGCAUUGGAUGUGAAUCUCUCUGGAAGUUUAUCUUUCAACAAAAUUCUGCAUAGAUAUAUACCUGGUUUUCUGGAUUUGUUACCUAUGAAAUUGGGGGAACUGAAGGGCGAGACUAAAGUUUCCGGAUCCCUUCUAAAACCGAGAUUUGAUGUUAAAUGGAAUGCACCAAAAGCUGAGGGUUCAUUUGUUGAUGCACGAGGAGAUGUCAUAAUCUGUCAUGACUAUAUUGCUGUUAAUUCUUCCUCAGUUGCUUUUGAUUUGUAUUCAAAAGUCCUGACGUAUUAUCCUGAAGAAAGCUGGUCAAAAGAAGAAGAUUAUGACUUGAAGACGGCAAAAGCCUUUAUCAUGGAAGGACUUGAAUUAGACUUACGCAUGCGCGGGUUUGAGCUUUUUAAUAUGCUCUCGUCCUAUCCGUUUGAUUCUCCAAGACCUGUAAACCUUAAAGCAACCGGAAGAAUCAAGUUUCAAGGGCAGGUUACAGGGACUUUAUGUAAUACUGACCAAUCUCCUGGUGAUGGACGGAAUGCUAGUGAUAGAACUAUGGAUGUUCUUGUAGGUGAUGUGUCAGUCUCUGGCCUGAAGCUCAACCAGUUGAUGCUGGCUCCUCAAUUAGCUGGAAAUAUGAGCUUUUCACGUGAUCAUAUCAAGCUGGACGCUACUGGAAGGCCAGAUGAGAGUCUUUCUCUGGAUAUUGUAGGACUAUUACAUCACACAGCUGAGGAAUCUCAAGGAAAAUUACUGUCAUUUUCGCUCCAGAAAGGACAACUGAAAGCGAAUAUUUGCUAUCAACCACAUCAAUCAGCUAACUUAGAGAUACGGAACUUACCACUGGAUGAGUUAGAGCUUGCUUCUCUCAGGGGAACUAUGCAGAGGGCAGAAGUUCAACUGAAUUUUCAAAAGAGGAGGGGAUUCGGAGUUCUUUCCGUGCUACGGCCGAAAUUUAGCGGAGUUUUAGGUGAAGCCUUGGAUGUUGCUGUAAGAUGGAGUGGAGAUGUCAUUACCGUCGAAAAGACUGUUUUGGAACAAAGCUACAGCCGGUAUGAGCUUCAAGGUGAAUAUGUGUUACCUGGCACACGAGACCGAAAGUCUAGUCCCAAGCAAAGCGGUGGUUUUUUCAGCAAGGGAAUGGCUGGGCAUCUGGGUAGUGUUAUAUCAUCAAUGGGUCGAUGGAGAAUGAGACUUGAAGUUCCUCGAGCUGAAGCUGCUGAAAUGCUUCCACUUGCAAGGCUUCUUUCCCGGAGUACUGACCCUGCUGUUCACUCUAGAUCAAAGGAUUUCUUCAUGAAAAGUUUGCAAUCAGUGGGUUUAAGUGAAGGAAGUCUCCAAGAACUGCUCGAGGUCGUUAGGAGAAAUUAUACUUCAUCUGACGAAAUUGUACCUGAAGAUCUAAGUCUACCAGGUUUAUCUGAACUGAAAGGCCUCUGGCAUGGAUCUCUUGAUGCAAGUGGUGGUGGAAAUGGUGAUACAGUGGCAGAAUUUGAUUUGCACGGGGAUGACUGGGAGUGGGGAGCUUACCAAACACAGCAUGUUCAAGCAAUUGGUUCAUACAGUCAUGAUGAUGGUUUACGCCUUGAAAAGAUUUUCAUCCAGAAGGACAAUGCCACCAUUCAUGCAGAUGGGACAUUGUUGGGACUCAAGACAAAUCUUCAUUUUGCAGUUCUCAAUUUUCCUGUUAGUUUAGUACCUAUGCUUAUGCAGGUCAUUGAAUCUUCAACCACAGAUGCAAUUAUUUCAUUAAGGCAAUUUUUAGCACCUGUGAAAGGGAUACUCCAUAUGGAAGGGGAUCUACGAGGAAAUCUCAUGAAACCAGAGUGUGAUGUUCAAGUAAGGCUUUUGGAUGGUGCUAUUGGAGGUAUAGAUCUUGGUCGAGCAGAAGUGGUUGCUUCUUUGACCUCAGGAAGUCGUUUUCUCUUCAAUGCCAAGUUUGAACCUAUUGUUCAAAAUGGUCAUGUUCAUGUUCAAGGAAGCAUUCCAGUAACUUUUGUGCACAACGGUGUUUCAAAAGAAGAAGAUACAGCUACUAAUGGUGGCAGAUCAAACUGGAGUCCUGGUUGGGCUAAAAUUAAAGGUAGAGAGCCUGGUGAUGGUGAUGCAGAUAAAAAAGCUUCGAAGGAUAGAAAUGAAGAUGUUUGGGAUAUGCAGCUCGCUGAAAGUUUGAGGGGAUUGAACUGGAACUUAUUAGAUGCUGGAGAAGUCAGAGUUGAUGCUGAUAUAAAGGAUGGGGGCAUGAUGUUAUUAACUGCUUUAUCUCCUUAUGCUAAUUGGCUUCACGGUAAUGCAGAAAUCAUGCUCCAGGUGAGAGGUACUGUUGAACAACCUGAGCUUGAUGGAUCUGCCACUUUCCACAGGGCAUCUAUAUCUUCACCAGUACUUCGUAAACCUAUUACCAACUUGGGUGGUAGAGUUCUUGUGAAAUCCAAUAGGUUAUGCAUCAGCUCCUUGGAGAGUAGGGUUAGCAGACGAGGAAAGCUACUGCUUAAAGGGAACCUUCCCCUCACAACAGCUGAAGCUUCCCCUGGUGAUAAGAUUGACUUGAAAUGUGAAGACCUGGAAGUAAGGGCGAAAAAUGUAUUAAGUGGACAGGUUGACACUCAGUUGCAAAUAAGUGGAUCUAUAUUGCAACCUAGUAUUUCUGGGAAGAUAAAAUUGAGUCAUGGAGAAGCAUAUCUACCACAUGAUAAGGGUAGUGGAGCUGCUCCUUUCAAUAGAUUGCCAUCCAAUCAAACAAGACUCCCAAAGGACACUUAUAAUCGGUUGGUUGCUGCAAGAUAUGUUUCACGGUUUUUUGGCUCAGAACCAGCUACUUCAACUUCCAGCUUGUUUCAACCUUCAGGUAAACAGUCUGAAGUUGGGAAGCAAACAGAACAAGUAAAUAAAAAUCCACAAGUGGAUUUGCAAUUGAUCAAUUUGAAGCUUGUUCUUGGACCAGAACUAAGAAUAGUCUAUCCUUUGAUACUGAAUUUUGCUGUGAGCGGGGAGUUGGAGCUGAAUGGUGUGGCACAUCCUAAACUGAUCAAACCUAAAGGACUUCUUACAUUUGAGAAUGGUGAUGUUAAUCUUGUUGCAACACAGGUUAGACUUAAACGAGAGCAUUUAAAUGCUGCAAAGUUUGAGCCUGAUAAUGGAUUGGAUCCGACAUUGGAUCUUGCUUUAGUUGGUUCAGAGUGGCAAUUCAGGAUUCAGGGCCGAGCUAGUAAUUGGCAUGAAAAAUUGGUAGUGACCUCUACACGCUCUGUUGAACAGGAUGUUCUCUCUCCUACUGAGGCUGCUAGAGUAUUUGAAAGUCAACUGGCAGAGUCAAUCUUGGAAGGUGAUGGCCAGCUUGCACUCAAGAAACUUGCAACUGCUACUCUUGAAACUUUAAUGCCAAGAAUUGAGGGGAAGGGUGAGUUUGGGCAUGCUAGAUGGAGGCUUGUUUAUGCACCACAAAUCCCGAGUCUCCUGUCUGUUGACCCAACUGUUGAUCCUCUCAAGUCUCUGGCCAGCAAUAUAUCAUUUGGCACGGAAGUCGAAGUGCAACUUGGCAAACGACUACAGGCUUCAAUUGUUAGACAAAUGAAAGACUCAGAGAUGGCAAUGCAAUGGACGUUGAUAUACCAGCUUACUAGUCGCCUAAGGGUACUGUUACAGUCUGUACCCUCCAAACGACUUCUUUUCGAAUAUUCUACUACAUCACAGGAUUAGCUCAUUGGCUUGCCUGCUUCAUGAAUCUCUAAUCAGAAAUGCAAGAUUGAAAAUAGGAAUUUAGAAAUAGCGAUUCGUGUAGGAAUUAAUUGAAUUUUGUACAUAGAGAAGUACCCAUUUUUGUACUGGAAAACCAUAUCUUUGUUCAUAAGUGCCCCAUUGUACCUUUUUUUGGUGUAACAUAAAGACAUGUGGAUAAGGGUUAGAGAAGCAAUGAAUGUAAGUGGUUUAGGACUCAUUACUCUAAGGAGCUGAUUGGAUUAUGUAAAUAAGAAUAUCAUUCAUUUGAUUAUUUGUUUUGAAGCCAUUAAAGAGCUUCUCGA